AGUCCACACAUCCUCAAAACAAACAAUCGUUUACUAUUCUUACCAAAAUUAAAUUUUUUUUAAAAAAAAAAGUCAGACAUGCAGAGGUCAAACAAGAGGAUCAAGCAAGAGCAAAUCAACACCAUUGCCGCCGCAUGCCUUUCCAUGUCUGCGCCGCCGCCACCUCCUCCUCCUCUACCCCGCCUCUCUAAUGACGAUGAAGCGUCGGUGAUGGUCUCAGCCUUGAAGAAUAUUAUUACCGGAGAACCUUCGCUCGCCGCCGCCAAUGACUUCAGAUUCCUGUCUGAAGAUGUUCUCUCUGUUUCCGCCGACAUUGAAACGUGCAGAUUCUGCAGGAUUAAAGGGUGCUUGGGGUGUAAUUUGUUCAACGAGGAGAAGAAGAAUGCGGUGGCGCCGGCGAAGAAGAGGAAGAACAAGAAUUACAGAGGCGUGCGGCAGCGGCCGUGGGGGAAGUGGGCGGCGGAGAUACGCGACCCGAGGAAGGCGGCGCGCGUCUGGCUGGGGACGUUCGAGACGGCCGAGGACGCGGCGCGGGCCUACGACAGGGCGGCAAUCGAGUUCCGCGGGCCUCGGGCCAAGCUCAAUUUCGCCUUCUCGGACUACACCGAGGCGGCGUCCCCUGCCACUACUGCGAGCUCAACGAGCUCGCAGCAGCGCAAAAAAGGCGCAGUGGAAGCGCCUCCGAAGAAAAUGAGCACAGAGGGGAACGGUGGAAUGUGGGAAAUUGGAUCGAGCAGCAAAAAACAGAGUAAUAUUUGGGAUCUGACGAUUGGGGAAGAAGAUAUGGAGGAGUGGAUGAGGAUGAUGGAUUUCAACGCCGGAGAUUCCUCGGAUUCUGCUAAUGGCGGGAAUGUUCAAAGCUUGUAAUACUAUUCAAUAUAGAGAUUUGUAUUUUAUUUUAUUACUUAAUUUAAUCUUUUUUAGAUAACAGGGGGUGCAGCUGAUUGGAUGCUUUUUAAUUCAAAUUUUUGGCUUCGACUCCAAUAUUUAUCUUUUUACAAUUCAAUGGAAAUCUACAUAUGCAGAGUUUUAA